ACGGUGGCGGUGGUAGUGGUGGUAGUAGUGGUGCGAAUAUACGCGAUUUCGGAAAAUUAAUGCCGCGCGACGCCGGCUCCGGGAAGAGGGAGAGGUCGAGAGCAGCGAGGAGGACAGGGAGAAGGUGAAAGUGAGCUCCGACGGCGGCGGUGGUAUAGUGGUGGUAGCGGCGACGGUAACGGUGUAUAACCUAAAAAUAAGUCCUCUCCCCGUCCGUUCGCCCGUGACUACGCGUGAUCGUCGUUGUUAUUGUCGUCGUCGUCGUCGUCAUCGUUGUCGUCGUCGUCGUCGUCAUCGUCGUCGUGGUUGUCGACACUGACCGCAGUGUACCGUAGCCGACGAGGAUUCUCGUGCUCGCACGACACUCUGCGCUGUUUUCGUCCGCACGCACGUACGCACGCACGCGACGUACCCGCGCUCCGCUCCUCUCGAGGCAUGUCCUCCGCGCCUGACAUGACAGUGUCGACGUCGUCGACGUGCUCGCUGAACGAAUGACUUCGCAAAACGACCGGCUGCAGCGGGAAGCGGACAUGGAAACCUGCUAUGAAGCGGGGGAACACACCGUUCCCGACAGCAUAGUGCCGCGGAAAUCUUGGUCCGAGCUCAGGGCCGUCGUCAGCGAUCUCCGAAGGAAGUUGUCGGGAGUGUCUGCGGGCUCUGUGCCCGGAUCCAUAACCUUUCGAUCUCUUCCGGACGGCCGGACUAGAAUCUAUUUUCUUAGCACCCCCAGCAACGGCUGGGAGACGACUCUUCUAUAUGUAGACAUCGCGCACGCCGAUCACGCCAAUGGUUAUCGUCUGCAUUGGCAGCCUGUCAUAGAAGCGAAUUUCCAGAGCGUAUCGAGCACAAACAGAUUGUCGAGGGAAGAGCAGUUGUUGUGGGAAAGGAAAAGACUCGCUACCUGGGGUAUAACCAGCUAUGAGAUGCAUGCAGAGAGUGGAAAACUAGUCUUUCCGGCUGCCAGCAGUCUCUAUCAGUGUGUGGAUACUGGAUUCAUGCCCGGACCUCUUUUCCCUUCUGAGAUUAGAAUGACAAACACCGGAGCGAAGCUGUGUCCCCAAAUUUGUCCCUGGAACAACGAUUUGGUCGCUCAUACAUGUUCCGGAGAUUUGUACUUGUCGCACAGUAUCACAGGCUCGUCGGUGCGGUUGACGCAUGCUAGGAAAGGUGGCAGAGGUCUCAUGGACGAUCCGCUCACCGCCGGCACCCCGUCCUAUGUGAUGCAGGAAGAGUUUACAAGGUACAUCGGGUAUUGGUGGCAGCCAAAGUCCAACGAUGGUAUUUACCGAAUUGUAUAUGAGGAAGUGGACGAGAGUGACGUAAAGAUUUACUGCUUCCCAUCUUCAUCGAACACUGACGAAGUGGAUGAGUUUAGGUUUCCCAGAGCUGGCAUGCCAAACGCUAGAAGUAAUUUGAAGAUGGUUCAGUUCCGAUUGACGGAGUUGCUGCAGAUCGUCGAUGUCGAGAUAUUGGAGCUGCAAUAUCCACUUCACAUCAUGUUCCCAUGGAUGGAAUACAUGGUGCGAGUUGGAUGGACUCCUGACGCGCAAUACGUCUGGGUACAGCUGCUGGACAGGAAGCAGCAGAAACUCGAAUUGGUGCUGCUGUCGAUGGACAACUUUUGCGAGCCGCCGCCGAACAUGUAUAAUUCCGAGAACCAUUUCACGCCCACGUCGGCAAGUGUUCAAGUGAUAUAUUCCGAACAAAGUUCCGUAUGGAUCAACGUCAAUGAUUUGUUGCACUUCCUCAAGUCCGACGACGCGAAUGAGGUGAAAUUCAUAUGGGGUAGCGAAGAAUCCGAGUUUCGGCACUUGUAUCUCAUCACAUCCAGCAUAGCAGGCCUGAGUGUCGGGGUUGAAGAUCCCCUGGACAGAAUGGAUAGUAUAUUCCUCCGACCGCGUAUCACCUCCAAAGUGGCAUUGACCAAGGGCGACUGGGAAGUCCUGGGUAAGAAGAUAUGGGUCGACGAGGUGAAUUCUAUCGUGUACUUUUGUGGCUUACGCGAGGGACCGUUGGAGCAACACGUGUACGCGGUUUCUCUGCGACGGCCGUUGGAGAUACGGCUGUUGACGCGACCUGGUUACAGUUACAACAGUAUAUAUUUUAAUAAGGAAUGCACCAUGCUGGUCACUGUUUAUAGUUCCAUUAAAACGCUGCCUACUUGUCAAGUAUUCAAGAUCUCGCAAUCUGAUUGGACGGUAGAGAGUAUAUCGCUCACACCUGUAGGCUACCUCUUAGAACCAUCCGCGCCCGAGUCCGAGCUAUUCGCGCCGGAGAUCUUCACGCAUAAGAUCAAGUCAGGCGACACCAUUUACUCUAUGAUAUUCAAGCCUCAUAAUUUCCAACCUGGCGUCAAGUAUCCCACGAUACUGAACGUUUACGGAGGACCCGAAGUACAACUUGUAUCAAAUACCUUUAAGGGUUUAAGACACUUACGCAUGCACAUGCUAGCUGCUCAAGGUUACUGUGUAAUUCUCAUCGACUCCCGUGGAUCCCAACACAGAGGUCUGAUAUUCGAGAGCCAUUUGCGACGUAGAAUGGGAACGGUCGAAUUGAACGAUCAGGUUGAGGUGUUGAGGUGGCUGGCAGAAACUACUGGCUACAUAGACUUAAAUCGCGUAGCUCUGCAUGGCUGGUCUUACGGAGGAUACCUCAGUCUCAUGGGUUUGAUACAGUAUCCCGAUGUAUUCAAGUUGGCCAUCGCCGGCGCCCCGGUCACUUCGUGGAACUUCUACGACACUGGAUAUACCGAGCGUUACAUGGACCUGCCGCAAAACAAUCCCCACGGCUACAUGUCCGGCUCGAUUCUCACGUACGUGAGCAAAUUCCCCGACGAGGAGAAUCGAUUGCUGAUCAUUCAUGGACUCAUAGAUGAGAAUGUCCAUUUUUAUCACACUAGCCAACUGAUUAACGCCCUCGUGAAGAUCGGCAAGCCUUAUCAGCUGCAGGUCUAUCCUAAUGAGAGGCACAGUCUGAGGAGUCUAGAUGCCAGUAAACAUUACGAAACUACCCUGCUGUCCUUCUUACAGAAUCAUUUAUAAACAGAUGUUAUUUUUCUCUUGUUUCUACUUUUUUUCUUUUUAAUACUCUUAGAUCAAUGGUGGGAGAAACAUUUGUUGAGAUAUGGUUUUAGAAAUUUAAAUGACUGCCAUUUAUUCUCAAAUGUGAGAGACUUAAGGAAAGGAACUAAAUCUGAUAUGUCCUUUAUGUGCAACUGUCAACAAUUGAUGCUGUUAAUUUCGCAAAAAGAUAUAUUUCGAUCGAAACUUUUCGGAUACCAUUACUUUUUUAAAACAUUGCAACCGCGAUAGAACGUACUGAUUUUGAACGUGCAUCACGAUAUUAAUGCGAACUCGUCGGGAUCCCAUGCCUAUGGGAACUUGAUUUGCCUUUUUAAUAAGGGAUUUACAUAAAUUAUACAUAGAAACGCUAAAUAUAGAUACCUAUAUGGACUAAUCUUCAACGGCAUUACAGAAGGUGUCACGGAACGUGUAAUAAGUACAUUUGAAACAGCCUUUUUAAUCAGCUAUUGUUGAAGUGCUCACGAGUGUAAUAAAUAUUCGUUAUACGUGACUAUUUUUUAAGAGAACAGACAAUAUACUCAAUUUAUUGACAAUAGUUAAUCAGAAAGACUACUUCAGAUGCGUUUUUGUUCCGCGAUCGUUUCGCAAUAUGUGUUGAACCGUUGAACAUCCCGACUGUGACCGUGUAUAUAUAUAUAUGACUACACGUGGUUGUACAUUCAUCUUUCUACGAUGAGUGAGGAUCUACGUUUCAGCGAGAAAAGUAUUUGCGUUCUUCAAUGUUAUGAAACAAUCGUAUAUCCGAUGGAUAAUUAUUUCUCAAUAAAACAAAUUUAUUAUUUUA